AUGGGUCUCACAAUUUCUAGUGUUUUUACUCGAUUAUUUGGAAAAAAACAAAUGCGUAUCUUAAUGGUUGGUCUCGAUGCCGCUGGCAAAACAACUAUACUUUAUAAGCUAAAACUUGGUGAAAUCGUAACCACCAUACCGACUAUUGGUUUUAACGUAGAGACUGUUGAAUAUAAAAACAUCAGCUUUACUGUUUGGGAUGUCGGCGGCCAAGACAAGAUCAGGCCAUUAUGGCGCCACUACUACCAAAAUACACAAGGACUGAUAUUUGUUGUUGAUUCAAGUGAUACGAAAAGGAUAGCAGAAGCCGAGAAUGAACUUGCUAAUAUGCUUAAAGAAGAUGAACUUAGAGAUGCUGUGAUAUUAGUGUUUGCAAACAAGCAAGACAUGCCUAAUGCAAUGAAUGCAGCGGAACUUACGAAUGCUCUCAACUUGAAUAACUUGAGAAACCGUCGUUGGUAUAUUCAAGCUACAUGCGCUACACAGGGGCAGGGACUCUACGAAGGUCUGGACUGGCUUUCAAAUGAAUUGGCGAACAAGUGA